AUGGCCCUAGACGAUUCCCUUCAGCAACCGAUCAAUUUCACUGGCCAUCGCCACCUGAUUUCCCGCCUCCUGCUUGCAACCCUCACCGGCCGACCCGUUCGCAUAUCGCAAAUCCGCUCUUCGUCGACCAACCCCGGCUUAACUCGCCAUGAAACAAAUUUCAUUCGGCUCCUCGAUUCAGUAACAAAUGGCUCGCAAAUACAAUUUAGCAUGACGGGCACAACGCUCGUCUACCGCCCAGGACUCAUCACAGGCUCAGCCGAAGGCCUUGGCGCAAGCGGAGGUGUAAUCCGCCACGAAAUACCUGCAGAAUGCAGAAAGCGAGGAGUAAGCUGGUGGCUUAUUCCUCUAUGCAUCCUUUCGCCAUUCAGCAAGGGCAACAUGAACGUCAUUUUCCACGGCGAAGGCUGCGUCACCUCCUCUACAGUCACCGGCGACGUUUCCGCAGACACCGUCCGCACCGCUAUACUUCCCCUCUACAAAAAUUUCGCCAUCGAACGAAACAUCGAACUGCGCAUCCUCAAGCGCUCAUGCGCCCCCGCAGGCGGCAAAGGCGCAGGCGGCGAAGUCCAACUCGUAUUCAACCACCAAGUCCGCCUCCCCAAGACCCUGCACCUCUUGAAUCCCGGCCGCGUCAAGAAAAUCCGCGGCGUAGCAUACUGCGUCGAAGUCCCCAAGACAAACAAUGAACGCAUGACCUUCACCGCAAGAGGCAUCCUGAAUAAAUUCGUACCAGACACGUACAUCUUCUCAGACGCAAGUCCCGCUCCUUUAAUCCCGACCAACGCAAAAGGUCACGCCUCAGGCAAAGUAAAAGGUGCCGUUGGCUUCGGUAUCAGUCUCGUCGCAGAAAGCAGUACAGGCUGCAUAUACUCGGCCGACGUGUGCUCCCCGCCUGACGGUGGUGUCCCUGCAGACGAAAUAGGCAAGCAGUGCGCGUACCAGCUGCUCGAGAAGAUUGCACAGGGAGGCUGUGUGGAAAACGUAGCCGCGCCUACGGUCCUCAUGCUCAUGGCUAUGGGUAGCGAGGACGUCGGUAGAGUGGCGCUAGGCAAGGAGGUACUAGCCAGCGAAGAAAUCAUCCAGUUAGCAAGGGACGCGAAGAUGUUUGGCGGUAGCGCAUGGGGCUUUAGGGAAGCAGGUGGUGAAAGGGAAGAAAUUGUUGUCAGUGUAGUAGGAAAAGGCGUGGGUAAUGUGGGAAGAAAAGUGGCGUAA